GUUGGACUCAGUCUCGCAGCUGCUGGUCCCAGAACUGGAUCUGAACACCGUCAGGCUGAUUCGGUUCGUACAAUUGGCGGACAAAGUUCUGGUAGGCCCUCUGUUGUCUCUCAUCAACUCUGCUAACGCCCAUUAAAAAUGGGUGACUGGAGUGCUCUGGGUCGUCUGCUGGACAAGGUCCAGGCCUACUCUACUGCUGGGGGAAAAGUGUGGUUAUCGGUCCUCUUCAUCUUCAGGAUCCUGGUCCUUGGUACUGCAGUGGAAUCAGCCUGGGGAGAUGAACAGUCUGCCUUCAGAUGUAACACUCUGCAGCCUGGUUGUGACAAUGUCUGCUACGACAAAUCCUUCCCCAUCUCCCACGUGCGCCUCUGGGUCCUACAGAUCAUCUUUGUGUCAACGCCCACACUCCUCUACCUGGCUCAUGUCUUCUAUCUGAACAGGAAGGAACAGAAACUCAAUAGGAAGGAGGAGGAGCUUAAAGCAGUGCAAAAUGAUGGAGGCGAUGUUGACAUACCACUGAAGAAAAUUGAGUUGAAAAAGCUCAAGUAUGGCAUUGAAGAACAUGGCAAAGUGAAGAUGAAGGGUGCUCUGCUCAGAACCUAUAUAGUCAGUAUUUUCUUCAAAUCAACAUUCGAGGUGGGUUUCCUGCUUAUCCAGUGGUACAUGUAUGGUUUCAGCCUCUCUGCAGUCUACACCUGUGAGAGGUCCCCAUGCCCACAGAAGGUGGAGUGUUUCCUUUCCCGACCCACAGAGAAGACUGUCUUCAUCAUUUUCAUGCUGGUGGUAUCCAUGGUUUCCCUGCUGCUUAACAUCAUUGAACUUUUUUAUGUGUUUUAUAAGAGGAUCAAAGAUCGUGUGAAGGGCAGACAGCCGCCCACUCUCUACCCAAGUGGAGGCACCCUGAGCCCCACCCCUAAAGACCUGUCCACCACCAAGUAUGCCUACUAUAACGGCUGUUCUUCCCCAACUGCCCCACUCUCCCCCAUGUCCCCCCCAGGCUACAAGUUGGCCACAGGGGAGAGGGGAACCGGCUCAUGUCGUAAUUAUAAUAAGCAGGCCAAUGAGCAGAACUGGGCCAAUUACUCCACAGAGCAGAACCGGCUUGGCCAGAAUGGUGGAGGAAGCACUAUUUCAAAUUCCCAUGCACAAGCCUUUGACUUCCCCGAUGAUACCCACGAGCAUAAGAAACUGUCGUCAUCAGCAGGACAUGAGCUGCAGCCGCUAGCAUUGAUGGACGCCAGGCCCUGUAGCCGGGCCAGCAGCAGGAUGAGCAGCCGAGCCAGGCCAGAUGACCUGGACGUGUAAGCCCUCGUUCUUCCUCCUCCCACCUCCAGCCAGAUAAUCAGGAAACACUCCAAUCACAUAGGUUCAUACAAGAGGUGGGAUUAACCUUAACCACUGUCGUUAGCAUAGAGAGAUUCUUAGUCAAUCAAAGACACAUUAAAAUAUAAUAUUAUUUAACACUCUCAGAGUUAAUAGUUUUUAAGAAACUUUUACCAAAACAAGUGGAGCUAACCCAGCUGUAAGAGAACAGAACUGCUUCAACAAUGGUGCAGUCCAACUUAGGCACUCCAUUGAACCAGCUACUGAUCACUUCAACACACACCCAGUUUGCCCAAUAUUAUGGUUGGGCGAUAAAACAAUAUCAAAAAUUAUCGCGAAAUAACUUUCCUUGAAAGAAAUUUAAGACAUGUUGAUAUAACGUCAAUAGAAAUCAUCCCAUUCAUGUUUUGACGAACAACACAAACAGCCAGUGGUAAGGAGCAUAGCGCCAUGCCGAACCAAUCAUGUGGGUGGAAUAGAGUUACAACCACCACAUCAAGUUAGGUUAGGCAGUUAGGUAGCACACAUGCUAAUGUUUGAGCUCCUGCAGAGAGGUGGAGUACUCUGCAUCGUUACAGUGACUGAACAUAAUCAAUUUUUCAGCUACGUUCAUAGUUUUAGUGGGUUUCCACCACUGAAUAAUUAUAACAACGCUGCUUCAGGAUCAGGACAGACGCUCAUUAAAGGCCUGAUGUUACACACACGUAUACUCCCGCAGACAGAAGUUCCUCCCACAGAUUAUGACGUGAGGCAUUUUUUUAACUUGCAAAAGAACCAACGCCCAGUUUAUCCAAGAACAUAAAUAUGAAUUCAGCAGGUUUUUAAAAAGAUCAGUUCUAUGUGUGAGUGAUAUGAAAACAUCAAAGGAGCUUGUCACUUGUUGACCAGUGGAGAAAUGUGCCUCAGUGCAGUGGCGCUGAUUUAAGUUAAGAUAAGAUAAGAUAAGAUAAACUGGAAAUUCAGUUGUUACAGCAGCAGGCUGUACAUUAUAUAUACCUUUUCACUGUAGUUGUUUGUAUGAAAUGUUAUAAGUAAAGUGCAGUGGCACAGGAUGAUUGUACAAGCAAGUAAAAAUCUGUUUUGUGCAUUAACAAACAUUUGUAGAAAAACAUUGUACAUAAACACAAAUGUGCAAAAAAAUUAUUUUCUGGUCAUUUGAUUUAUAUUGCGAUAUAAUCGAUAUGGACAUAUAUUUUUUUUCCAUAUCACCCAGCUCUACAAAGUAUACAUCCGAAACUCCUAAUUCAGCCAAAUAAUCCAAACCAUGUAAUUUGUCCAUUCUGACCACAGGCUUCAACCAGUUUAGUAUAACAAUAAAACUGAAUUGUUUGUAUUGCUUUCCAAAAUAACUCAUACAAAAGUUAUUUUGUCUAAUCACCCUGUGGUGAAGUAACUAAAACUACCUAGUUGAGUUUUUAGGAUGUAUUUUAUGGUUGCAAACAAAUGCUGAGUUUUGUCAAUCUGCUAAAUGAUGUCACCUUAGAGAGGGCAGUCAGUUACUCGCACAUCACAGCAGGUCUCUUCUGGGUAACAUUUAAACAUAGGUCAGGUAAGGUCAGUCCCUUGCUUAUAUAUAAACCUGUGUGAUCAAGUGCCUCUACUGAUAUUGUUUGAUGGUCUCAGCCACACUUGCAGUGAGUUGCUCUUACGGUUUGUUUCUGUAAUAAAGAGAAGUGUAUAUGUAAAUCAACAUUAUUAAUAUUUUUGUUUGAACUUAGAUCCUAAUUGUCUUAACCCAGUUCUCAAUUUAAAUCACAUUAGUCUCUGAAUUUACAAGGAUGGGACUUGUUGUGUUGAAAAAUGUGUUUAGCAUUUGGCUCAUCCUUUGCAUGUAAGUCAGGGUUUUAAGGAUAAUGAUUUAUAUCAGUUGUAGUGAAUAUUUAUUUCUUGCCAUCUAUAGGACACGUACUACUAGAAAGAAUUGACUACUAUCCAGUUUCUCAUACUGACAGAAAACAUCAACAUCAACUCCCCAACAACUGUAUAUUUAUUGACAGUAAAAAAAGAUGUUUUUUUUUAUUAGUAACUUGGACUGUUGUUUCCUGAUAAACUUUGAAUUUAUGUGGUCUUAUGUCUUCAUUUUUUUGUUUUAUAUGUUUUUUGCGAGUGUGAGAGAGGCAGGGCUAAGGGUUCAGUCUUCUGUUGGAAGUAAACUCAUCUGCUUGUUUGUGGGUUCCGUUAAGAAGACCUUAUUAGUGUCAUUAAUCCAUCAUGUGUGUUCUCUUUUUUCAUCAGUUAUGGGUGUUGGAGAAAGACAAUAGAAUGAUUAUCUGUGUUUUCCAUUUUUUUAAUGAAUAAUUUCUUCAUUCUGUAGGUAAUGUUUUGAUUUCAGACUGUUGUUACCCUUGCUGCUUGAGAAAUAGAUAUUUAGUACUGUACAUCAAGCUAAUUUUGAGUUUUUAGAAGAUAGAUCUGGACUAAUAUUUAGUCACCUAUAUCAAAACAUAUGCCAAUGUAGCUUCACAACUACACAACAGUAGUUUAAAUCUCAAUUUGGGCUUCCUUUCUCUUUACUGUCAUUUUUAAAUUGUCAAUUGUGCAUCACUUUGUCGGUACUUACAUAUGUCAUGGAUCUUUCAGCUACAAUGGCAUUGCACUGAGAUGUAAUAUGAUGCACACAAAGUGUUAAGAGUUUUCUGAUACACACGCUACUAAUUUAUUUUAUAACACAAAAUCACUACAGUGCAUAAUAUCAGACAUCUGACACCAGUGGUUUCAUUGAUUCUGAUAGAACAGGAGCAGUAGUCAUUUGUUGCAGUUAUUCAGACAAUGCUAAUCCAUGGGGAUCCACUGUUGUACAGUGUAAGUGCAUGAUCCAUUAAAACCCAUUACUUGUACCGGAGAAGAGCAAUUUUAACCAAUAAAUAUUUUCUUUCUUAAUUACUGA